AUAUCAGUUUCAACUGAAAGCUGUGCUCAACGUGCAUUUACAACUCCAGGCUGCCUAUAAUAGGUAUAUAGCAGUUCACUGCAGCGACAUACCCAGAAGAUCAUUGUUUCUGCAUCUCUUCUCUGAGACGAGUUAUGGUGUGUGGCCAGUUUUGAUUCCUGCUUUCUACUCUUCAGUUUUACAAGGAACAGGGAGGAUCUGCUCCAUGUAAAUACAGACUGACUUCUGGAAUGUGGAAGGCCAACUUUAGUGAGAUAUUCCCUUCUGGAGGAGAAAGGAAAGAUGGCUUCUUGUCAGGUUCUAUUGACCUUCAUGGAUGUGGCUUUAGAGUUCUCUAAGGAGGAGUGGGAAUGUCUGGAUUCUGCUCAGAGGGCUCUGUACAGAGAUGUCAUGUUGGAGAAUUACAACAACCUGGUUUCUGUGGAUCAGGAAGCUCCAGAUACUCUUCCUGAGAGAACUCAGUCCCCAAACCCUAAGGCUCACUGCAGACUUUCUACUCACGUGACAUCUUACAAAUGCAUUGAAUGUGGGAAAUCUUAUACGAAGUUAUCAAGUCUUAAAGUUCACCAGAGAUUACAUACUGGAGACAAACCAUACAAAUGUAAUGAAUGUGGCAAAUAUUUUACCAAGUCCUCAAAUCUUAAAGUUCACCACAGAUUACAUACUGGAGACAAACCUUACAAAUAUAAUGAAUGUGGAAAAUUUUUUACCCAGGUAUCAUAUCUUAAAGUUCACAAGAGAAUCCAUACAGGAGACAAACCUUACAAAUGUAAUGAAUGUGAGAAAUCAUUCUUCCAGUACUCACAUCUUAAAAUUCACCACAGAUUACAUACUGGAGACAAACCUUACAAAUGUAAUGAAUGUGGAAAAUCUUUUACACAGUAUUCAGAUCUUAAAGUUCACCAGAGAAUCCAUACAGGAGACAAACCUUACAAAUGUAAUGAAUGUGAGAAAUCAUUUACCAGGUACUCACAUCUUAAAAUUCACCACAGAUUACAUACUGGAGAAAAACCUUACAAAUGUAAUGAAUGUGGAAAAUCUUUUGCACAGUAUUCAGAUCUUAAAGUUCACCAGAGAAUCCAUACUGGGGACAAACCUUACAAAUGUAAUGAUUGUGGGAAAUCUUUUACAAAGUCCUCAAAUCUUAAAGUUCACCAGAGAAUACAUACUGGGGACAAACCUUGCAAAUGUAAUGAUUGUGGGGAAUCUUAUACAAAGUUAUCAAGUCUUAAAGUUCACCAGAGAUUACAUACUGGAGACAAACCAUACAAAUGUAAUGAAUAUGGAAAAUCUUUUAAACAUUUGUCAAGUGUUAAAAUUCACCAUAGAUUGCAUACUGGAUACAAACCUUACAAAUGUAAUGAAUGUGGCAAAUCUUUUACCAAGUCCUCAAAUCUUAAAGUUCACCACAGAUUACAUACUGGAGACAAACCUUGCAAAUGUAAUGAUUAUGGGAAAUCUUUUACAAAGUCCUCAAAUCUUGAAGUUCACCAGAGAAUCCAUAUGGGGGAAAAAACUUAUGAAUGUAAUAAGUAUGGAAAAUCGUUUACCCAGUCUUCCCAACUUAAUGUUCACCACAAAAUCCAUAAUAAAAACAAAUCUUACAAAUGUAAUAAGUGUUGUAAAUCAUUUACAGAUUCCUCAUCUCUUCAAGUUUACAACAGAAUCCAUUCUAGAGAUAUAUCUUUAAAAUGUAUUAAAUGUGGCAAAUCUUUACUCAGUCCUCAGAUCUUAAAUUUCACUACCAAAUCCAUACUGUAAACGAACAUUACUAAUAUAAUCAAUAUGAAAUAUCAUUUACCCAGUCCUUAAAUUUUCAAGUUCACUACAGAAUCCAUAUAGGAGGUAAUUUUCACAAAUAAAAAGAGUUGGCAAGUCUCUUUUCUUGUCCUCAACUCUCCAAGUACAUCAAAAAAUCCAUAUGGGAAAGCAGCCUUAUAAGUGCAGUAAAUGUGGGAAAAAAUUUGCCAGUUCCCCCAACACCCCUCGUAAAAGUCAUUACAGAAUUCAUUUUGGAGACAAACAUUCCUAAUGUAAAGCACGUGGAAAUUUAUUCACAGGUAUGAUAUCUCAAACACAGCACAGCAUGCAUACUGGAGAGAAACCUUACAAACCUAAACAAUUUAGCAAAUCAUUUAGCAAAAUCUCAAACAUCAGAUAAAAUAGUUUCAUGCACCAGACUAAAUUGAUAUGUAAUUAUGUUCUAAGUAUUUAUAUAGAAAUAUGUUAUUUUAAAUGAUAAAUAUAGUUAUAAGAAUUUAAACUGUGGUGAAACCUUGCUCAUCAGAGAAUACCUACAAGGUAGCAUUACACAUAGUAGUAAUUGGAAACCAAUUUGAAGUAACUGUUAUAUUCAUAUGAAAUUAUUUUAUCAGCAAUACAAUAUGAAAAUAAUCUUUCAGCCAGCAAUAAUCUGAUAUCACUGAUGAGUAAUCGUAUAGAAUUUAUUUUCAAACUCACUAAAGAAAUAAUAUUUUAAUGUGUCAGCCUAUAAACCAAAAUAAUAUUAAUAAAUAUUUUUGUAUAAGCAUGUUGAUUAAUGUUCUGUAUAUUUUAGUAUGGUAGAAUUUUGGGAUUUGUGAGAUAUAAUCUCAGUGAAUGUUAUUAUGAUGAUAGUCCUUGAGCUUUUACUGAGUAAAUUUUAAUUUCAAACUAAUCCUUUCUUUGUCACAUUUAUAAAUAAAUAUGUUGGAACUGCCUUUUAUUACU